AUCUGUAGUCCAAGACCAAUGCCGUCAACAAGUUCAAGAUCAAGGUCAAGAUCACCUGUGGGACACAGAGAUUAUGACGAAAUUUCAAUUGACGCGGAUGAUCAAUUUGAGAGAGAAGAGGAGGACAUUAAGGUCUUAGAUGGAUUAGAAAGAAUGCAGAAAGACAUCAUUCAACUGGAUAUAGGGGGUUACAAGUUCAAAACAACUAGUAGGACUGUGAACCAAAUACCAUCAAAACUUUCCAAAUUAAUCAGCUUGAAGUCAUCAGGAAACGUGCCGUCAUACUUUGUUGACCGAGAUCCUAAGCAUUUUGGAAUAAUUUUAAAUUAUCUUAGAAACAAUGGAGAAAUAGACGUCAGAACUCUACCCGAUGAGAAAAGUGCCCUAGCAGCUAUCAUGGUGGAAUGUAAAUUCUAUGGACUUGUGGAAUUGGAAAGUAAGGUGAAAAAGAGACUUGAAAUGUGUAGAUGCCAACACAUGAUGGAGUAAACCAUUAAAGAGACACUAUAAUCUGAAAUAUUUUUAAUUGUACAGUGAUUCACUACUGUAGGUAUUGCUAGUUUAGGGACUAAACUUUUUUAAAAAAAGGGGGUUAUGUUAUAAAAUUUAGAAUAAUCAUUAUAAUAAUUUCAUGAUUCAAUUAACUCUAGUAUUUUAUGAAGUAUUAAUUCGACAUUCAAUUAAAUGAAUCAAGCAGUAGUGAAUUGCUAUGUAAAUGAUUGUUAAAUGUUUGAUUGUAAAUUUGUUUUGCUUCCCAACUUCUUAAGGCACAGCAGGGUUCUGUCUGGGAGGGGGAGCUUGCGAGCCAGCAUCUCUAUUAAUCUCCAAUUUGUAACUGUCAUUUUGGGAUGACCUGGUAUAAAAAGGGGGUCAAUUUCUAUAAUUAACUGUAGACUUGUUGGUUUUGAAGAUGUCAGAGGAGCAAUUGAGACGAGCGCGUGGAGAUCUGGUAAUUAAUUAAUUGCUUUGGUUUUCUUUGGGAUUUAACAAUUGACACCAAAUAUUUCACCGAGUUCUCUGGUAAAUUAAUUGAAGAUCAGUAGUUUUCGGUGAAAUUAUAUUGUGUUAGCUAAAAUAUUUAAACAGCUACACAUCCCAAAUUUUAUUCUUUCUACUUAGGAAAUUAUUUUCAAGUUUCACCUAAAUUAUUUGAGUGGUGUAACUACUUGGUGAAUUUGAAUCUCGGUGAACCAACACCGAACUCCACCGAAAUAUUUACCAAGGUGCGAGUUCUGGUGUUCGGUUAAAAAUCAAUUCUUGAGUAUAAUAAAAUCAUUUAUUAACCUUAAAUUCAUCAUUAUUCAUGGGAUAUUGGUAAGUCAUUGGGUUAUUAAAGAAGUUGGGAUUAAAAUGUGUUCACUUUA